CUUUCCGUUUCAUUCUUUCCGUGGUCGUCGCCUGCGCCGUGCGUGUGUGACUGAGACUGAGACGCCGUUGAGAAAAAACGGAACGGAGACCCGUAGACCGUGGACCGUAGAGUUGUCGAGUUGUGUCGUCGUACUACGCUCCACACAACAAGCAACUACAAAUAUUAAAAGAAUAAGGCGCUACGGCCGCCUCGCCCCCUAACCAUUCGCUCUGUGCGUCAGUGUGUGUGCGUGUGUGCAAGGUGUGUGUGUGUGUUGGUGUGCAGGCAUGUGUUUUGGUCUCCGGUAGCACGGCACACACGGUUUAAAAACAACAACAACAACAACUGCAACAAAACGAAAACAAAAGAACGAAAACCCGGAACCGGACCCCAAAAAGGAGGAUAGAUCCCCCAAACAACAACAACAACAAAAAAUUGGAAAACCCCAAAAUAAAGAUACGAAAAUCUGUUAUUUUUUUCAAGUGAUUUUUCUGUUUUCGGUUAAAAAUAAAAAUCAGAAGAAUGUGCGCGUGUAUUAGUGUCGAGUGUCAGCAACAACAACGACAUCAGCAACAGCAACAACCUGAAACAUGUGCAAAAUAAUCAACAACAUCAACACGAUCCACAACAACAGCAACACCAACAACACGAUCCACAUCAACAACGACAACAACAACAGCUGCAUUUGGGCCUGGGAUCAGCAACAACAAACAACAACAACAGCCAUGGCCUAAACUCAAUAAUCAACAAGAAAUCGAAUCAUCAAUCAACAAUCUUCCCCCUAACACAUUCACUCACUCUCUCUCUCACACAAUCUCUUGCAACACAAAGCUCUUUCUCUCACAACAAAAAAUUGCAUUUUCUUUGGAAAUUGUUGAAAAAUAAUCAAAAUCAACAACAACAACAACAGUAAUUGAGCAGCAACAAAUAAGAGAGGAAAAUAACAAAAAGUCUUUGGGUUUUUUCGAAUGUAUUUUAUGAAUUUUUUUGGGCACGUAAAAAGUAAUUUCAAGAAUACACCAACGACAACAGCAACAAGAACAAUUUCAACAACAACAAAUCAGGUGUCAAAUGUGAUGUGUGACUAAAACUUAAUCAAACUAACUAACUAACUAACAACAAAAACAAAAACAAAAAAACAAAACAGAAAAAACCAAGUGGAAAAAGUGGGAAAACAAUUUGCGGCAUUUAAAUGCCAGGCCUUAGCCACAGAUUUAUUGGCAACACCAACACCAAAAACAGCAACAACAACUGCAACAUUUGCAACAACAACAUCAACAAAAAUUGACAAUAGAAUUUUUGGAGGAAAGCCCACGAAUGCAGCCAACAUUGCCACAAGCCGCUGGGACAGCCGAUAUGGAUCUGACGGCUGUUCAAUCAAUCAACGAUUGGUUUUUCAAAAAGGAGCAAAUUUAUUUAUUGGCACAAUUUUGGCAACAGCGCGCUACCCUUGCCGAGAAGGAAGUGAACACACUCAAGGAGCAACUGUCCACCAGCAACACGGAUCCCGCCAGCGGCAACAUCCACAGCGACAGCGACAACCACAGCCACAACACAGGCGGAGCGUCCGCCGCAGGAGCAGCAGAAGGGGAAGCAGGAGCUCAGGAGAUCGAGGAUUCGGAUCUGGAACUGGCCAGCGGAGGCGGAGGAUCUGGAUCUGGCCAUCAGCUGAAUAGCUCCAUUGUUGCAGCGGCCAUCACGCUGCAGCAGAACGGCGGCAAUCUGCUGGCCAACACCAAUACGCCGUCGCCCUCGCCGCCGUUGCUCAGCGCCGAGCAGCAGCAACAGUUGCAGAGCAGCCUGCAGCAGAACGGUGGUGGUGUCGGCGGCGCCUGCCUCAAUCCGAAGCUCUUCUUCAAUCACGCCCAGCAAAUGAUGAUGGAGGCGGCGGCAGCUGCCGCAGCAGCAGCAGCAGCGGCGGCGGCUGUCCAACAGCAGCAGCAUCAGCACUCGCCCCUGCAUUCCCCAGCUGCGGAGGCAGCAGCCGCAGCGGCGGCUGUGGGGCCCACAGAUCAUCAAACAGUAGCCGAGGCCACUGCAACCACCACCCACACAGCCACCACCACCAACAGCAGCGGCAGUGGCAGCAGGAGCCGUGGCAGCCAUCACCACAACGAGGACGAGGAGCAGGACGACGACGAUGAUGAUGAGGACGAUGAGGAGGAGAACGCCUCAAUGCAGUCGAAUGCAGCGCAUUUGGACGAUGAUGACGAUGACAUGGAGCUGGAGCCCCAUCAGUCCCUGGAGGCCAUCGAGUCUGCGGCAAGAACUGAACCACACCAACAGCAGCAGCAGCGGCAGCGGCAUCUGGCCGGCGAUGCAGGUGAUCUGGAGGAGGCGUCUGCUGUGGCGGCUAUUGCGGCUGCCACCGAUCCAGAUCCAGAUGAUGAGGAAGCUAGUUUAAAUGUUAGCAAUAAUCACAAUACCGAUAGCAAUAAUAGUUGUAGUCGAAAGAACAAAAAGAGCAGCAGCAACAACAGCGUCGGCACAGGUGUGGCACUGCGUGAUAGCAAUGAUGAUAUGGAUGAUCCACAUGUGGCAACAUCGGUUCAUAGUGCCGAGGAUGAUGACUGCACCAAUAACAAUACCAAUACCAGCAACAACAACAACAACAAUGGGGGAAGCAGCAACAACAACACCAACGAGAAGCGCAAGAAGCGUAACAACAACACAAACAGCAACAGCAACAAUCAGCCCGCUGUACAAAUUGCUGCCAAAGACAAAGAGAUUAAAGCACUUCUGGAGGAGCUGCAGCGCCUGCGUGCCCUGGAGCAGACACAUCUGGUGCAGAUCCAGCGUCUGGAGGAGCAUCUGGAGGUGAAGCGACAGCACAUCAUGCGGCUGGAGGCACGCCUCGACAAGCAGCAGAUCAAUGAGGCCUUGGCCGAGGCCACCGCCUUGGCUGCCGCCGUCAAUGCGGCUGCCACCAACAACAACAACAACAGCCAGAGCAGCGACAACAACAAGGUGAACGCCGCCUCUCCAUUGGAGGGAGCAGCAGCAGCCGCAGCCGCAGCCAACGAUCUGGACGCCACCCAGGCCUCAGCCCAGGCUGAGGACGAUGAGGAGGAGGAAGAGGAGGAUGACCACCAGGCCAUGCUCGUGGACAAUGACGAUGGCGAGGAGGCUGCCUCCGCCAGCUCGCGGCUGGCUCCCCACCAGCAGCAGAUCGAUGAAGAGGACGAUGACGAGGAGGACGAGGAUGCCGAGAAUCAGGAUCAUGCUGACCGCAUGUCAAACCAAACCACAGCCAAUGCAGACAGCAACGAGCUGAAAAUCAAAAAGGAACAGCACAGUCCUUUGGAUCUGAAUGUUCUGAGUCCCCAGUCGGCCAUUGCGGCCGCGGCUGCUGCCGCAGCUGCCGCCGCCUGUGCCAACGAUCCCAACAAAUUCCAGGCCCUGCUCAUGGAGCGGACCAAGGCCCUGGCCGCCGAGGCCCUCAAGAAUGGUGCCGCCAGUGCCAGUGGCAGUGCUAGCGGCAGCGGCGGUGACUCUGCCAAUGCGAUCAGCGAAGCGAUGCCGCCGCUCCCAGACGAGGCCUCCUCCGCUUCCUCCUCCACAGGAGCAGCAGCAGCAACAGCAGCUGCAGCACCUGCCACAGGAGCAGCAGGAGCCGCCGCCGCGUCCCAAAACCAAACCGAAAGUGUAACGCAUGAAAAUGAAACGGAAACGGAAAUGGAAAUGGAAGCUGCAACUGAGGCAAACGAUGGGCUGGCGGCCACAGUGCGUACAAAGCAAGAGCUCGAUGACGAGAAUGAGAACGAUAAUGAUAAUGAUAACCAAAACGAAAACGAAAACGAGGAUGAAGAUGAAGAUGAGGAUGAGGCGAUAUUGCAGCCGCCCGCCACACUCGAAGAGCAGCUGGUCAACAGCUACUGGCGACGCGGCUUUGAGAGCCCCAAUCCGCCGCCGCCAAAGCCUGCCCCAACAGUUGCCAUGCCACAGCCACAGCCAGGGAGCAAAACGCCAACAGUUUAUCAAAAUGUCAAUGCGGGGCAGCAGCCACAGUUGCUGCCGCCACCGCCGCCGCCACCGCCAACCUUGCAACAACAACAACAACACUACCAACAACAGCAGCACGGACCCUCGUCCACAGCGUUGCUCAGUCAAUUGGUUAACUCCACUUUCUCCUCCUCCUCUCGCCUAGAUGCCGGAUCCCAUCCGCACCACCACCACCAGCAGCAGCAGCCACAGUCGCACCAUCAGCACCAGCAGCUCCACCAGCAGCAACAGCAGCAGCACCACCUCCAGCAACAGUCGCAACACCACAGCAGCGGCACCAACAGCAGCAGCAACAGCAGCAGCUGCAAUUCGGGUCCAGGCAGCACCACCGACGGCGCCCUCAACCACCACCACUCGCACGGGCAUGGCCACCAUUUGGUCGGGCACAAUCCGCACGGCCUGCCCCACGGCCAUCCGCACGGGCAGCUGCUGCAUCCGGCAGCGGCCCACCACCUGCACCACGCCGACUCCAACUCCUCCAGCGCCAACAGCACCCCCAGCAGCACCGCCCAACUGGCGGCCAGCCUGGCCAGCACCCUCAACGGCAGCAAGUCCCUGCUGCAGGCAGCCGCCGCCGCCAAUGCCGCAGCCGUGGCAGCCGGCGCCGUGGCCGAGGACAACAACAACGGCUUGACGCCCAACGCCAAUGCAGCGGCGGCGGCAGCGGCCAUGGCCGCCCACGCCCAGCAUGCGGCGGCCUUGGGACCGGGCUUCCUGCCCAGCCUGCCGGCCUUCCAGUUUGCCGCCGCGGCGGCCGCCAAUCAGGAUGCGCGCGGACACUAUCGGUUCGCGGACGCGGAGAUGCAGUUGCCGCCCGGCGCCUCGAUGGCCGGCCGCCUGGGAGAGUCACUGAUACCCAAGGGCGAUCCCAUGGAGGCCAAGCUGCAGGAGAUGCUGCGCUACAACAUGGACAAGUACGCCAACCAGGCCCUGGACACGCUGCACAUCUCGCGACGCGUACGGGAGCUGCUCUCCGUGCAUAACAUAGGCCAGCGGCUGUUCGCCAAAUAUAUCUUGGGCCUGUCGCAGGGCACCGUCUCCGAGCUGCUGAGCAAACCAAAGCCCUGGGACAAGCUGACGGAGAAGGGACGCGACAGCUACCGCAAGAUGCAUGCCUGGGCCUGUGACGAUAACGCCGUCAUGCUGCUCAAGUCGCUGAUACCCAAGAAAGAUUCGGGUCUGCCCCAGUAUGCGGGACGUGGCGCUGGCGGUGGCGGUGGCGAUGACUCCAUGUCGGAGGACCGCAUUGCCCACAUCCUGAGCGAGGCCUCCUCCCUGAUGAAGAGCACCGCCGCCCAGCAGCAGCGGGACCAGCAGGACCAGCAGCGUCGCCACGCCGGCGAGGACACGCACAGCAACGAGGACAGCAAGUCGCCGCCCCAGAGCUGCACAUCGCCCUUCUUCAAGGUGGAGCAGCAGCUGAAGCAGCAGCAGCACCAGCACCGGGAGCAGCAGCACAUGGCCUCCGAGCAGCGGGACGCUGUGGUGGCCGCCGCCCAGCAGCAGCACCAACAGCACCAGCAGCAGCGGGAGCAGCGCGAACGGGAGCGCGAGCAGCAGCAGCGACUCCGCCACGAAGAUCUCGCCCAGGACAAGAUGGCGCGCCUCUACCAGGAGCUGAUAGCCCGCACACCACGCGAGGCAGCCUUCCCCAGCUUUCUGUUGUCGCCCUUCUUUGGAGGGGCCGCCGGCAUGCCCGGGGCGGCCAAUGCAUUCCCAGUUCCCGACGAGAACAUGCGCCACGCCUUCGAGCGGGAGAUCGCCAAACUGCAGCAGCAGCACCAGCAGCAGCAGCAGCAGGCGGCCCAGGCCCAGGCCCAAGCCCAGGCGGUGUCCGGCUUUCCCAACUUCUCCAGUCUGAUGGCCCUGCAGCAGCAGGUGCUCAAUGGCGCCCAGGACCUCUCGCUGGGCUCCGUCAAGGAUAUCAAGCUGAACGGGCAGCGCGGCUCGCUGGAGCACAGCAGCAGCAGCUCCAAGGACGGUGACCGCGAGGAUCCACGCGACUAUCCGCAGUCGCUGCACGGCCGCAAGUCCGACACCCCGGCCCCGCCAGCACCGCCAGCCCCUCCCUCGGGCAGUGCCGGCAGCGUGCCCGGCUCGGCCAACAGCCUCUCCAGCGCCAGAGACGGCGUUGGAGCCGGAGCAGGAUCCGUAGGAGCGGGCAGCCAUGCCAGCAACUCGGCCGCCCCCAGUCCGCUGAGCAACUCGAUCCUGCCGCCGGCUCUGAGCAACCAGGGCGAGGAGUUUGCGGCCACCGCCAGCCCCCUGCAGCGAAUGGCGUCCAUCACCAAUUCGCUGAUCACUCAGCCGCCGGUUACGCCGCACCACAGCACUCCGCAACGCCCCACCAAGGCGGUGCUACCGCCCAUCACCCAGCAGCAGUUCGACAUGUUCAACAACCUCAACACGGAGGACAUUGUGCGGCGCGUGAAGGAGGCUCUCUCCCAGUACAGCAUCUCGCAGCGCCUCUUCGGUGAGUCGGUGCUGGGCCUGUCCCAGGGCUCAGUCUCCGACCUGCUGGCCCGCCCCAAGCCCUGGCACAUGCUCACCCAGAAGGGACGCGAGCCCUUCAUCCGCAUGAAGAUGUUCCUCGAGGACGAGAAUGCCGUGCACAAGCUGGUUGCCAGCCAGUACAAGAUCGCGCCCGAGAAGCUGAUGCGCACCGGUAGCUAUUCCGGCAGCCCCCAGAUGCCCCAGGGCCUGGCCAGCAAGAUGCAGGCCGCCGCCCUGCCCAUGCAGAAGAUGAUGAACGAGCUGAAGCUGCAGGAGCCCGCCCAGGCGCAGCACAUCAUGCAGCAGAUGCAGGCCGUCGCCAUGUCCGCGGCCAUGCAACAGCAGCAGCAGGCGGCCGCUGCUGCCGCCGCCGUUGCCGCCCAGCAGCAGAGCCAGCACCAGCAUCCCCAUCAGCACCCCCAUCCACAUCCGCACCAGCAGCACCAGCAGCACCAGCACCAGCAGGCGGCCGCGGCCGCCCAGGCAGCCGCCGCCCUGCACCACCAGAACAUGCUGCUCACGUCACCGGGCCUGCCUCCCCAGCAUGCCAUCAGCCUGCCAGCCUCGGGUGGUGCUGCGUCCGCCGUCGGCGUUGGCUCCAAUCCCGGGGGCCAGGGCAAUGCCGGUGGACCCGUUGGGCCACCCUCAGGGCCGGUGGGCGAGAAGAAGCCCAUGCUGAUGCCCGUGCACGGAGGCGCACAUGCGCCCAAUGCCAUGCGCAGCCUGCAUCAGCACAUGUCGCCCACCGUCUACGAGAUGGCCGCCCUCACCCAGGACCUGGACACGCACGACAUCACCACCAAGAUCAAGGAGGCUCUGCUGGCGAACAACAUCGGCCAGAAGAUCUUCGGCGAGGCGGUGCUGGGCCUGUCGCAGGGCUCCGUGUCGGAGCUUCUCAGCAAACCGAAGCCCUGGCACAUGCUCUCGAUCAAGGGCCGGGAGCCGUUCAUCCGGAUGCAGCUGUGGCUUAGCGACGCCAACAAUGUGGAGCGGCUGCAGCUGCUCAAGAACGAGCGGCGGGAGGCGAGCAAGCGGCGCCGCAGCACCGGGCCCAACCAGCAGGACAACAGCAGCGACACCUCCAGCAACGACACCAACGACUUCUACACCAGCAGCCCCGGACCCGGCUCCGUGGGCUCCGUGGGCGGUGCGCCGCCCAGCAAGAAGCAGCGCGUGCUCUUCUCCGAGGAGCAGAAGGAGGCGCUGCGCCUGGCGUUCGCCCUCGACCCGUACCCCAAUGUGGGCACCAUCGAGUUCCUGGCCAACGAGCUCAGCCUGGCCACACGGACCAUCACCAACUGGUUCCACAACCACCGCAUGCGGCUCAAGCAGCAGGUGCCCCACGGCCAGCCCGGCCAGGACAACCCCAUACCGAGUCGGGAGAACACCAACGCGACCCCCUUCGAUCCCGUCCAGUUCCGCAUCCUCCUCCAGCAGCGGCUCGUCGAGCUGCACAAGGAGCGCAUGGGCCUGGGCGGAGCGCCCAUCCCCUACCCACCGUACUUCGCGGCGGCCGCUAUCCUCGGACGCAGUCUGGCGGGGAUACCGGGCGCCGCGGCUGCUGCCGGAGCUGCCGCCGCUGCUGCGGCCGUCGGUGCGGCUGGCGUUGGUGUCGGAGAUGAACUGCAGCUGCAGGCCCUCAACCAGGCGUUCAAGGAGCAGAUGAGCGGCCUGGACCUAUCCAUGCCGACGCUGAAGCGCGAGCGCAGCGACGACUACCAGGACGACCUGGAGAUGGACGCCAGCGGCCACAACAUGAGCGACAACGAGUCGCUGGAGGGCCAGGAGGCGGAGGACAAGGCCGUCUCCGAGUACGAGAAGAUCCUGCAGAAGUCCGCCCUCGCCUCGGCGGCAGCCGCCUACAUGAGCAACGCCGUGCGCAGCUCCCGCCGCAAGCCUGCGGCCCCCCAGUGGGUGAACCCUGCUGGCAGCACCACCCCCAAUGCGGGACUUGCAGCGGCAGCCGUGGCAGCGGCAGCAGCAGCAGCCGCAGUAGCGGCACAGUCUGGCGCCGGCAGCGAUAGCGAGCGCAUCAUCAACGGCGUCUGUGUGAUGCAACAGGGCUCCUCCGACUACGGUCGGGACGAGGCUGAUGGCAAGUCCGUGGAGGCUGGCGGCGGCGACUCGGAGCACGAGCACGCCCAGCUGGAGAUCGACCAGCGGUUCAUGGAGCCCGAGGUGCACAUCAAGCAGGAGGAGGACGACGACGAGGAGGAGGACCAGAAGCACCAGCAGCUGCAGCAGCAGCUGGAUGGUGGCCUCGACUGCGAGGCGAGCGAGGCGGAGAAGAAGCUGAAGGUGAUCAACGAGGAGAAGCUGCGUCUGGUGCGCGUGCGCCGCCUGAGCAGCAACGGCGCCCCAGGCCAGGCAGACUCCGAGGAGUCGUCAGCGGCCUGUAUCGCCGCCACAGAAGCUGCUGGCAGCGGGGCUGUGGCAGCCGCCCAGGCGGUAGCCAGUGCCGCGCCAGCAGCCGCGUGGAACUACUAGGACAGUGCAAUGAUCAACGAUGGGGAGGCAGAUGCAGAUGCAGAUGCGGAUGGCGAUGGAGACGACCGUUUACUUGUGAUUAAGUUUGGAUGUUUAGACCUAGACGUAGACCUAGACCCAGGACUCGCCUCGAGCGGGCUAGAUAUAUCGAUACAUAGCACCUAGAUCGUAGAGAACUCUAUUUUUUUCUGUUUUUUUUUAUCAUACUACAUACAAUACCAUACAAUACAAUACAAUACCUAUGGGACUUAGGAUAGGAUAGCCUUAGGUCUGGUUGCCCGGAGUUGUAAUAAUUGUAGCUAAAAGUUUAGAGACGCUAUGCGAGGAGCGCAAAAGUAUUAAAAGCACCCAAUCCCCCAUAUCCCCUAUCUACCCAUCUACCCAAAAAAACAAAAACAAGGCCCCCACUGACUUGCCCAAGAACUUUAACCAAAAGCCAAGAUCCAAUGAUAGCGAAAGAGAUCUUGCAAAGAUUUUUUUUGAUUUGUUUCUACUUGAAGACUGUAAGCGAAGGCGGUAGGAUGGAUAACUAUACAUAUAUUUUGUUUGUCGAUCUAUUUUUAACACGAUUACGAUUAUGAAUAUGAUUACGAUUAUGAUAAUGAAUUAUGAAUAAUGACGAUGAUGAUAUAGGACUAGGACUACGCACAUUAUUCAAUGGUUGAGUGUACAUACAGACUAAACGAACCAGAGAAGCCGUUCUGUACAUAGACUCCUCGCGAGGCAUGAUCUUUCUUUCGUUAUUUCGUUCUUCCUUCGUACUCCACCAGAUCCUCCCGAUCCCCCCUGAGUCCCGACUUGUUAAACUAUCUUUUGAUCUCAAGCAAAACACACAAAACGAAAGGAGAAACGAGAAGCGAUUAAGCAGAAGCGAAAGCAAAAUAAGAAAAGAAAACCCAAAGUAAAAGAUAGUUGAAAGCAAGAAAAAUGCCGCGAGGAAAAUGUUUGUCCCCUUUCCCUUUUAAUUUUGUUUUUUUUUCUUUAAUACAUAUUUGUUGAAUCAAAGUUCAUUGAGAAGAAGGGAAAAAAAUUGUGAGGAAAAGAAUAGUAGAGAAGAGAGGGGAAGCGAGAGCGAAACGUAAAAUAUAUAACAAUAAAUUUUGUAAAUUUUGAAUUUACGUAAAAAUCACACACACACACACACCCCACACACACACACAAUGAUAACAAAUUGAAUAAUUCAUAAUUAUAGCAAAAGUAAAACCGCAAAAUGCACUAAAUUAUUAUUUAUAAUCUACUUACUCUAUAAAUAAUUAUGCAUAUACAUAAAUAUAUAUAUAGACAUAUAUAUAUAUAGUAUAUACAUACAUAUAUGAAUAUAUGAAAAAUCAUAUGCGUGGAGGGAGAAUCGGGGAGUUUAUCAACGUAGCCUAACGAUAAUUUAAAUUCGCAUUAAACCCCUAGCAUAAAUACCAACAAUUUCUUCUGUGACACUCAUAUAUUUCGAGAUGGAAGCGAAAACAAAACACGAAAAACUUUAAAACACAAACCGCAUAUCGUACUAAAGAAAUUACAUAAAAAAGCAAACAAAAAAAAGCAAAAAAAAAAAACAAAAACAAACAUUUAAAAACCCUAAUCUAAGAGAGCCAAUUUUUUUUUUGCCUAGAGCCUAAGUUUACAAGGUAAUCGUAAAAUUAAACAAAUUUCAAAAAUAAAAACCAAAAGCAAGAAAAAACCACAAAAAAAAAUGAAUCUGUUUUCCUAAAAACGAACAACAACAAGAAAAAACCAAACCAUUUUUAAGAAUAUUUAAUGCAACCUUUUUUUUCCUAGGCUAAAUAUUUAAGCGUAAAAAUCAAUUUCUCAAAACCAAAAAGAAAAUAUUAAAACAAAAGCAACAGCAAAACUAAAUAAAUUAAAAAUACACAAAAAUAAGAAACAUUUUUGCAUAGGCCCGAAAUUUGCCGCGUUAUUAUUAUUAUUAUUAUUAUUAUUACAUACAUAUAUAUGAAAAGUAAAUGGAGAGGUUGAAGAAGGAAGGAGAAGGAGAAGAUGGAAAUAAGGAAACGAAAAAAUACCAACAUAUACCAAACACAUUUCAGAUACCUAAAAAAAUACAAUUUGCGUCUCCAAACAAAAUUUAUUCAAGAAUAAAACAAAAAAAAAAAAAAAACGUAAAGCAAAAAUAUUAAGCCAAUAUUUAAAAAAUAUGCAAAAGACAAGUGUCAGCAAAUCUGUUGAGAUCUUCUUUAAUUUAUAUAUAUAUAUAUAUAUACAUAUAGACAUAUGUACAUAUAUAUAGUUUUUCCAAUCGACAUUUCCUUUCCUCCUGUUUGUGUUUAAGUAAACGUGUUAAAUACUUUGCAUUUUCAUACGCUUUAGCUAAUGGAUAAAUUACACCUAAUAUGGAUAUGAUAAACAAUAUAUAUGAAAGUAAAUAUAUAUAUAAAAUAUAUAUACAAAAUAUGGAAUACAAUGAUGGUGGGACCGGGACCCCUGAGAAGACCCCACCCCCAGAAAACCCACACGACACGAUGAAAUUGUUCGCAACUUUUAGUUCUAAUUAUUUCGUAGUACACAACUUUUUUGUCUUUGUAUUUUUAUUAUUAUUAUUAUUAUUAUUGUAAUUAUUAUAAUAUAUAUAUAUGUAUAUGAUAUAUAUGAUAUAUAUAUAUAGAGGAAGGAAGGAAGAGAAGAAGAAAAAACAAAAGCAAACAACAUACCAAUAAUACAUGAACAUGAACGAAACUUUAUCAAAUAAAAAUGUUUUAUUAAACGAAAAAAAAACCCAU